AUGUUUCGAAUAGCGGAAGAUGAUGACCAUCUGCACAACCCACUCUGGCUGGAUCAGAUUAACAUGGCUAACUCAUUGCCGCUCGGUCUGCCAUUGAUGAGUAGCGCACCUGAAACGUUUCAACUGAAUAGUCACCACAGAUUAUACAGUGUUGAGCAUCGAGGUCUGAGCACAGUGGCAGCCAACCCAGCGCUGACCAAAUCAAUGUUUGGGAACAAUAUGACGGGUACGUCGAUCUCGACCGCUGACAGUCAUAUCCUACCUUGGAGUCCUCAUCAAUCACAUCAACCUUCAGAAACAAUAGAGCCCAGUGUCACCUUUCAACGUUCCGUGAUGAGCUCGCCGCGGUACAAGGUGGAGCCUUCCACGCCAAUCAGUGUUCACAUUCCAACAUCAGCUAUCAUGAGCAGUAGUCCGCUCUCAAUGGUCUCUCCAGUGGUUCUCAAAUCACAGAACGAUAUCGAUGAUUUGCCGUACGAGUCAAUUGAACAAGCCUUGAGAAUGGCACUUUUGAAAAAGCACCGAUGUGAUUUAGACCGCUUGUCCCGGAGAGGCUAUCAACGCAAGCGCGUGGGUGGGGUAUCUUCGAAGGCCAAACCAGUCGUGACGUCUGGCAAGACCGGCAUUAACUGUGAGUUGGUUAUCGCCCAGAACGAGUUCGCUUGUAGCUAUGAAGGUUGCAUAGACAAGAACACUGGUAAGCAGAAGCGGUUCAAGCGUCAAGAACACAAAAAGCGGCAUGAGAAGACGGUGCAUGAGAAGGAUAUGCAUGAAGCAUACAAAUGCUGGGUACCAGACUGUGAUACGGCAUUCUCGAGGACGGAUAACCUCAAGAGCCACCUAAGAAACACACAUUCAAAGAAGCCUGGUGUUCGUGGCAAUCGAUAUGUGGCCACCCUCGACAAGAACAGUGAAUUUUAUGAUCCGGAGUGGGUUGGAGAGCUAGAUAAGCAUGGAUACCCGAUUCUGUGA